GUUGAGGAGUAGCCAAUUACAUGCCAAGAAGGAACUGUUGCAGCAGACAUUAUUAACCAAUGAGAAGCAGUGUGGUGAGUAUAAAAGUGGGAGCUGGCAACGUGGUGUGUCAGUUACAUCCUCACCGUCACAGUAAGACGUUGUAUUAUAGCAAAGAUGACUGCCAUAAUAUUUCUGGUAAUGACAGCGGCAGUGAUGCCAUCCUGGGCCCAGUACUUCAUUAGGAACGACGCUGCUCCCGCCAUCUUGGGAGUCACUGUUGACAGGCCAUUUGUUACCUCGACUGGAAACGUCUUCGUAUCUGAAGGCAGCCCCAUCCAACCACAUCAACCCUUCCCACAACUACCACCCCAACAACCGGUGUUUGUUCAGCCACAACUACCAAGCCAGCCUGAGGUCUUCAUUCCUCAGGAUCAGAAAGUAUCUCCACCACUACCUCCCUUUACCUUCCGCCCAACUUCAUCUCUGUGCAACCAUGCUGCUAAACCCCUGGUUGACGAGGUAGAAGAUGGCAGAGCGUAUCACUUCUCAUGGUGUCACGACUCUGGUCGACUCUACACCUGGGAGCAAGCUACCUAUUACUGCUCUGGCCUUGGCAACGGCUUCCAGGCCGUCAGUAUUGAAAGUAACAGGAAGCAAGAGUUAAUUUCCAGGUUCAUGAUUGCACACUACAUCAGCGAUAUCUGGACGAGCGGCAACAAGCGUAACUCGAGGUCUUGGUCGUGGUUAUCUGGCACUUCCUCUCCUUACUCUAAUUGGUCUAGCACUGGCAGGCGAGGACUGCCACAACCAGACAACGAUGAAGGCAACGAGGACUGUCUGGCGGUGUUAAACAACCAUUAUAACGAUGGAGUCACUUGGCACGAUUCCUCGUGUUUCCAUCUGAGGCGCGUCAUCUGUGAGGCUCCCAGCUUCUACGCUCAAUAGUUAUUCUCCAUGAAUUGUUCUCAUUAUUGUAAUAUUGUAACUAAUGGCAGUGAGCUUCUAACCCUAUUAACUAAUAUAAAAAUCAUACUGUAUAAAGUUAAAGAUAGUGUAGUAAUAUCAAUGCUAUAAAUGCACAAAAUCAU